UGCAGCCGCCGCGCCUCAUGAGCCUGCCCUAGGGCGGCGGGCGGAGGAUGCUGCCGCGGGCAGGGCAGCUGCUCCGGAGCGCCAGGGGGACAUGGCAGCAGCCCCUGGCCGCCGCCGCCGCGAGAAGCGGUCGCUCCCUGCCGGCUCCCCAGAUGCUGCAUCUGAAGCAAACUGGAAAUCUGAAGCACCAUAAAGCAGCAUGCUAUGGCACACUGGUGCCAUCUGAUGAAGUAACUGUCAGUUACAGAUAUGGCCUUCCUGUGGUAACCCUUAUGUUACCCUCAAGAAAAGAGCGCUGUCAGUUUACCAUCAAGCCAAUGUUAACAAGGGUGGGGACCUUCCUGCAGGAUAUACAGAAAGAAGAUAAAGGAAUUGAGAGGGCAGAAGUCUUUACAACAGGCGGACUUGACGGGGCAGCAUCAGUAGCUGACUCACUACAGGGAAAACACCAUAAUGGUAGCAAGAUCCCUACUACAACAUUGAUGGAAAUUUUGUUGAUGAAUGACUUCAAACUUGUAAUCAACAACACAACUUAUAGUGUACAAGUCCCUGUAAAAGAGAAGUGGAGUAGAGAGCAUGCUACUGAAGCAGAAGAUAUCAAAUCCUUGGUUCAUAGACUGUUCAUCGCCCUUCAUUUAGAAGACCACCAGUUAAGGAGAGAGAGAGAACUGCUUCAGAAACUGGACCACCUAAGGGAACAGCUGGUACCCCUUGAGCAGAUGAAAGCCAAAAUUGCAACAAGUGCAGAUGCAAAGACCAAUACGCUCCUAUGGACUGGCUUAGCACUACUGUCCACUCAAGGUGGAGCCCUGGCCUGGCUCACGUGGUGGGUCUAUUCAUGGGAUAUAAUGGAGCCAGUGACCUACUUUAUCACUUACGGGAGUGCCCUGGCAUUCUAUGCUUACUUUGUACUCACUAAACAGGAUUAUGUUUACCCAGAUGUUAAAGACAGGCAAUUUCUCCACUACUUCUACCGAAAAUCGAGAAGCCAACAAUUUGAUGUGGAACAGUAUAACAAGCUAAAAGAGGCACUGGCAGAGGUUGAAGAGUCCCUGAGACGCCUGCAUCAGCCCCUACAUCUGCAACUUCCAAUACAGGAAAUUAAUGACAGAGACUAACUUUUUUUUUUCAUAAUUGAAUUGUAGUUUGCAAAACUGAUUCCAGUAUUUAGUUUCUAUGUUGCAAACUGAAUAUUUUUGACCACUGUAGUUCUGAACAUUACUAGAAAUGUUGAUUAAAAUUAUUAUAUCAUUAGAUUUUUAAAAAAUAAUUCCUGAAAUAAAGAAGUCUUUCAAAAUAUG